AUGACGCAGAGGAAGAUGAAGGAUGAUUCUACUGGAUCAGACGAGGGCACUACACCCCACAGCAGGUCACUACAACAGCCCCUCAGCAGGUCCCUACAACAGCCCCUCAGCAGGUCCCUCCCUACAACAGCCCCACAGCAGGUCACUACAACAGCCCCUCAGCAGGUCCCUACAACAGCCCCUCAGCAGGUCCCUCCCUACAACGGCCCCUCAGCAGGUCCUUACAACAGCCCCUCAGCAGAUCACUACAACAGCCCCUCAGCAGGUCACUACAAAAGCCCCUCAGCAGGUCCAUACAACAGCCACGCAGCAGAUCCCUCCAACGCCCCUCAGCAGGUCCCUCCAACGCCCCUCAGCAGGUCACUCCAACAGCCCCUCAGCAGGUCCCUCCAACAGCCCCUCAGCAGGUCACUACAACAGUCCCUCAGCAGGUCCCUCCAACCCCCCUCAGCAGGUCACUACAACAGUCCCUCAGCAGGUCCCUCCAACCCCCCCUCAGCAGGUCACUACAACAGCCCCUCAGCAGGUCACUACAACAGCCCCUCAGCAGGUCCCUCCAACAGCCCCUCAGCAGGUCACUACAACAGUCCCUCAGCAGGUCACUACAACAGACCCUCAGCAGGUCCCUCCAACAGUCCCUCAGCAGGUCACUACAACAGCCCCUCAGCAGGUCACUACAACAGCCCCUCAGCAGGUCCCUACAACAGCCCCUCAGCAGGUCACUACAGCAGCCCCUCAGCAGGUCACUACAACAGCCCCUCAGCAGGUCCCUACAACGCCCCUCAGCAGGUCACUACAACAGCCCCUCAGCAGGUCCCUACAACACCCCUCAGCAGAUCACUCCAACAGCCCCUCAGCAGGUCACUACAACAGCCCCUCAGCAGGUCCCUCCAACGCCCCUCAGCAGGUCACUACCACAGCCCCUCAACAGGUCCCUCCAACAGCCCCUCAGCAGGUCCCUCCCUACACAGCCCCUCAGCAGGUCCCUACAACAGCCCCUCAACAGGUCCCUCCAACAGCCCCUCAGCAGGUCCCAACAACAGUCCCUCAGCAGGUCCCUCCAACCCCCCUCAGCAGGUCACUACAACAGUCCCUCAGCAGGUCCCUCCAACACCCCUCAGCAGGUCACUACAACAGCCCCUCAGCAGGUCCCUCCAACACCCCUCAGCAGGUCACUACAACAGCCCCUCAGCAGGUCACUACAACAGUCCCUCAGCAGGUCCCUCCAACACCCCUCAGCAGGUCACUACAACAGUCCCUCAGCAGGUCCCUCCAACACCCCUCAGCAGGUCACUACAACAGCCCCUCAGCAGGUCACUACAACAGUCCCUCAGCAGGUCCCUCCAACCCCCCUCAGCAGGUCACUACAACAGUCCCUCAGCAGGUCCCUCCAACCCCCCCUCAGCAGGUCACUACAACAGCCCCUCAGCAGGUCACUACAACAGCCCCUCAGCAGGUCACUACAACAGCCCCUCAACAGGUCACUACAACAGUCCCUCAGCAGGUCACUACAACAGCCCCUCAGCAGGUCACUACAACAGCCCCUCAGCAGGUCACUACAACAGUCCCUCAGCAGGUCACUACAACAGCCCCUCAGCAGGUCACUACAACAGCCCCUCAGCAGGUCACUACAACAGUCCCUCAGCAGGUCACUACAACAGCCCCUCAGCAGGUCACUACAACAGUCCCUCAGCAGGUCACUACAACAGUCCCUCAGCAGGUCACUACAACAGCCCCUCAGCAGGUCACUACAACAGCCCCUCAGCAGGUCACUACAACAGUCCCUCAGCAGGUCACUACAACAGUCCCUCAGCAGGUCUCUCCAACGCCCCUCAGCAGGUCACUACAACAGCCCCUCAGCAGGUCACUACAACAGUCCCUCAGCAGGUCUCUCCAACGCCCCUCAGCAGGUCACUACAACAGCCCCUCAGCAGGUCACUACAACAGCCCCUCAGCAGGUCACUACAACAGUCCCUCAGCAGGUCACUACAACAGUCCCUCAGCAGGUCUCUCCAACGCCCCUCAGCAGGUCACUACAACAGCCCCUCAGCAGGUCACUACAACAGUCCCUCAGCAGGUCACUACAACAGUCCCUCAGCAGGUCACUACAACAGCCCCUCAGCAGGUCACUACAACAGCCCCUCAGCAGGUCACUACAACAGUCCCUCAGCAGGUCUCUCCAACGCCCCUCAGCAGGUCACUACAACAGCCCCUCAGUGUGUUUGCAAGGGGAAAAGAGUCGUGGCCAGACAUGUCCACACACUGCAGUUUGAUCAAUCUUGA